UUUUCCACGCGUUCUUUCGUCACAUUUUCCCCAAGUAAAACAAGCGAUGGAAAAUGGACGACGUUUUUUGGUGGACUGCUCAUCGUGGUGGUGCUGUAAACCUUGGAGACAGCAGUGAUGACCUUGGAACUGGAUGAACCUUCCCGUGUGCAUCAUCCUCACGUGACUAAGCAAGUAAAGCAGCAAGAAGAGCAAGUGGAUCAUCAGCGGAUGUGUGACAUUCAUGAAGUGUGAUUCAAGAUUGCCUGGAGCGCGUCGGAGCAGUCGGUGACUGCGAAGCCUUCAGACGUCGACCGUGCUGUGAAGGUCCAGGUCAACACGGCGAGUGUCUCCAAAGACCAGGAAGAUCCCGAGUCCCACGGUGUUGAUGAGGGUGAUGAGGGAGAAGACCAUGGCCCAUGACGACGUGACCUCUAUCAGGUAACCGGAGAAGGAGACGGUCAGCAGCCCUGUGGGGGGAGUGAUGUGAGCGGCAGACCAGCAACAGCAACACCUUGUGUCGGUUUACUGACCCAUGAAGGCUCCCAGCAUGUUCAUGAACCCUGGCGGGGAACAGACACACACCUCUGAGCACAGAGGACGACUGAACGGUGGCUUCAGGACUCACCAUAGAGGGCGCCAGCACACGAGGGAGUCAGGUCCUGAACGUUGACGGAUGUCCCACUGAGACCAAAGCACCCGUCAACACACAACACCGUCGACGUCCUAACAGCCGUCCUGCACUCACCAGCUGGAGAAGGUGGAGGCGCUCACUGCGAUGGUCACGUAAGUGACGGCGGCGGUGAUGGAAGUGGUGCCGGACAGCAGCACCAGGAACAGACUGGACACGGCCAUGGCUAUGAACUGAGCAGGUCAGUGGUUUGUCACACUGCUGUCACACGGCGGGCUGAGCUCACACACUCACCUGCAUCACCUUCCUGACGGUGGAGAGGCUGUGUCCUGCAGGAGCACGUGUUCAUGAGUCAGCAGCAGCAGCACACACACACACACACACACACACACGCGCACACCUCUGCUGAGGAGGACACCGGACAUCCACCCGGAACACAGCACCACGGGGAUGGCCACCAGCCAGGGGACCACGUUGUAGAUGGAACCCUAACAAGAUGAGAGCAGCGCUCAGAAGCAUGUCCAGGCUCCACAUCAAGGCUCUCCUUGUGUCAUGUGAAGGACGGCGAGGGCAAGUUGGACGGGAACGUACGCUCUCCAUGGGGAAGGUUUCGUCAAAGUAGGUGGGCAACCACGACAGCAGCAUGUAGGAGGAGCUAGACAUGCAGGUGUGAGCCAGGACCAGGGACCUGUAGGCAGGAGGACAUCAGCAUCUGGGAGGUCAGAGGCGAGAAGACACGAGGCCAAGAGGAGGAAGAGCUGACCAGACAGACGGUUUCUGGCAGAGACUCAGCCAGCGAGUCCUGGACAUGGUCCCCUGGGGCUUCUUCUGGACCACAACCUUCUCAUCUGUCAGAGGAGAGAGGGCAGAGCUAGCAAACACUGUUGACCCAGGGAAGCGUGUCGAAGGUUCUCGUCACCUCUCAGCAGGAAGUUGGAGACCACGAGCGCCCAGAGGCCUGACAUGGCGCCGACACUGUAGAACAGGAGCUCCCAGCUGUAGAGCUCCAGCAGCACGGAGCCCAGGCCCCCGGCGAGCAGGGUGCUGCAGGAGGGACACCUGUCAGUGUGUGUAUGAGAGUGUGUGUGUUGAGGGUGGACUGACCCCAGGUACGUCCCACUGUGGAUGGCGCUCAUCAGACUCCCGCGCUCGGCUUCCAGGACUCUCUGAGAACACAAGCUGGCCAGAGAUGGGAAGAAGACCCCUGAGUGGACGAGAGGGCACACGGUCACCGUCUCUGGUUUGGUCCCACGCGUGCAGGCCCAGCGUCUGACCUUGCAGCAGCCCCAUCAAGAACCUGGCCAGGGUCAUCGAGAGGACGGAGUGAGAGCUGAGCCGCGACAGCAGAGGCGUCACCAUGGUGACCGUCGACCACAAGGCCGCAGAGAGCACCAGCACUCUCUCUCCCCCGACUCUGCACACACAACACUGGCAUGAGUGGUUGCACGGGUCGGAGCGGACGUCAACCUUUCGCCCCAUGAACUUUGACCCUGAUAUGUGUCCCGUUCUUCACGGCAGGAAUUCCAUAUUUUUAACAGUCCUCAAUUGAAGCUUGGAGCCGAGGCGUUCCCCAGCCGGAGUGCAGGUGUUACCUGUGCCACACAGCUGGUGGCGCUGAAGAGAGCGUGACAGGCGGCUCUUACUUGUCGCUGGCGUGUCCCCCUAAUAUCUGUGUGAAGCAGUAGCCCCAGAAGAACCCGCCCAAAACCAGCCCGGUGUCAAUCUUGGACCAGUGGAACGCGGUUGCCAUGGAGACGGCACAGACCGGCAUGGCCAUCCUGGCGCAGUAGAGGAGGCAGGUCCCGCAGAACAAGGACACGAACCAGAACCGGGCCUCGGACCUGCAGAGAGGAAGGACAGGAUGGAAGAUGGUGAGGAGCGACACCUGGAGCCAGAGGCGAGGAACUGACGGGGGGUUCUGGGGUGCAGCAGGUCCCUCACUCAACUCAAGUCUGAUUCUGGGUCACGUGUGUCUGAUCUGACCUUCAGAGUCCUCUCACAAACAAGGAUGUUGACCGAGUAGAGCGCCGUGUAAACCUGAGGUCAUGUGACCUUCCUGCUGUUGAACGUUCCUGUCAUCAUACGUUGAAGCUCUGGUCUUGAAAAGGCUCACUGUUCCUUCACAAUGUGGCGUUGAUUGUGGUUCUCUGGGUCGAAGUGUCCUUUGAAGUCAAAUGACUCCAGGUUCCUGUCUUCUCUUGCUCGUCCCAACUCGCUUUAGUCUGUUGCGGAGCUCUAACACUGCAGUGCGUCGAGGCAGUCUCGUCACAGUGCAAACGAGCAGAUCACCAGGGGAUGAGCGUCUCACCUGGACCAGUGACGCUGCCUCUCCACGUCGCCCCCGAGCUGCCCUGGAGCUUCCUCGUCCUCCGGGACCUCCAUCCAGAACUGCAGCCUGCUCUGUUUCCUGUGUCACCUUUGUCUUCAUCGUCCUCCCCCAAUCAGGACGAGCUCAGCAGGUCCAACUUGUCUCGACGUCUCCCUCUUCCUGAAGAAUGUUAUAAUUGCUGCCACCAGCCUGAGGUUCCACAGAGGGAUCCCGACUUGUAACAGCAAGUUUCUCAAUCCGUGUCAGAAGGCUGCUCCAUCAGGCGGCAACUGAAGUCGCGUCAUCGAGUUCGACUCGAGUGAACAUUUGAGAUCCAAGCCACUUUUGAUGUGAUAAAGCGUGGAGGACAUGAGGUUUACAAGACACACACUCCCGCCUCUGACACACACGAGUGUUGACUUAGGCAUCGUGCAGGUGUCACCUGAUGCGGUGGAAGCCUUCACUUGACUUCUCUCUUGCUGGGUUGGACUCAUUGUCUCUCCUGAAGUGUCAUGUGUCCCACACUUGUGAGGAGGCGUGUCAUCUCUGCUGAGUGGACGGUAUCACCCGGGGCUGCGCCAGCACCACAGCUCUUCAUUCCUUCUUAAACUCUUCAGGAAGGUUUACUCGCAUCCGUCCGGCCCACAUAUUUCAGUAUCAUACGUGCAACCUUUUGAAGUCUUGUCUUCCCUCAUCUGCACAGGGCAGUCCACUCCUUGGCUGUUUUUGGAUGGUCCAAUAUGUUGGUGGUUAAAAAUCACAGUCAGUUAAUUGUUUUAGUGUAAUACAUUGAAUUAGUUCACAGUAAAAAAAAGGAUUUUAUUCAGUGAUUCGGGCCGAAUGCAAAUCUCAAACAUUAACUUCUGUGGCUGUGCGCUCUGAGCGCGGAACGCUGGCACCAUCGGUGGCUCCGUCGCUGUCAUAUGGAAUAGAUGUGUAUUUUUUUUUGUUACAAUAAGACGCUAUAAAGUUGAUUAUUCAUAGUGAUUCAGUCACGUGGUCCAGACGAAUCGAACCAAGACAAUAAUUACGAUGUUAUUUGUCAUAGGUCUAUGACUAUUUUUACAUAUAUUGACAGUAAAAGUGAGACGAUUGCAGAACACGGAAGAAAGAAAACAAUUAAAGUGCAUGUUUAAGGAAUAAACAAACGCAUGUAUUUUGUAUAUUUUUUCAAUAGCGCGUUUCCCGACUUUUACUUGGAAGUCCGACCCGGCCACCGGAAAUCCGUGCCUUUAGUUUGGAAGCCGCUCGUCCACUUCCGUCACCGCUCGAGCGCACCUUAGCUUGUUAGCUUGCACACAUAUGGUUUACCAACAGCACCCGAGACAUAUUAUGCUUUAACGUAUCAAGUAUUGUGCCUAUUUAUUGCCGUUGUGAUUUAUACAGAAGAGCUGUGAGGAUGAACAUCAGAAACGCCAGGCCCGAAGAUCUGAUGAACAUGCAGCACUGCAACCUGCUCUGUCUGCCCGAGAACUACCAGAUGAAGUACUACUUCUACCACGGACUGUCGUGGCCUCAGCUCUCCUACAUUGCUGAAGAUGAAAACGGGAAAAUAGUGGGCUACGUGUUGGCCAAGAUGGAGGAGGAUCCAGAUGAUGUUCCUCACGGCCACAUCACGUCCCUGGCUGUGAAGCGCUCGCACAGACGCCUGGGUCUGGCGCAGAAGCUGAUGGACCAGGCGAGCCGGGCCAUGAUCGAGAACUUCAACGCUAAAUAUGUCUCUCUGCACGUGCGCAAAAGCAACCGAGCGGCUCUGCACUUGUACUCCAACACGCUCAAGUUCCAGAUCAGCGAGGUGGAGCCCAAAUACUACGCAGAUGGGGAGGACGCAUACGCCAUGAAGAGAGACCUGGCCCAAAUGGCUGAUGAGCUGAGGAAGCCCGGAGGGCGAGUCCCGGGGCAGGAGGCGCCGUCGGGCCACAGCGUGACAGCCUCCGGCGACCACGAGAACGAGAGAGACAGUGGAGGAGAGAGCAAGGAGCUGAGCGAAGUGAGCGAGGCCACCGAGAGCACGGACGUUAAAGAUUCUUCCUCCGACUCACAAUGACACUUCACAUUCUCCACUUCUGCUUUUUUUAAACUCCCGUCAUCAUUUGUGCGACCGCGCCGAGGACGGUCUCCGGCGCUCAGAACACUGAAAUCUGAAAUAAAUCUGGCGACUAUU